CGCCCGCCCGCCGUCGGAUGCUUCCAUAGCUUCUCCCGCGGACGGAGCCGCCUCGCCGCGCCGCGCCGCGCCGCGAUCCCCUCCGGCCACCGGCGCCGGCGGAGCACCCGGCUGCUGGUAUUUAAGGAGGCCGUUGCCGAUUCGUGUCGCGUAGGGGGGAGACCCGGUAGGCGGCGUCUUUAGGACUUGCGGGGCGAGCUGCCAUUAACGCUGCGGCCUGGCCACCUUGCGCAUGCGGACAAGCGCGCCCACCUCAUCAUCUCCACCUCCAUCUCCAUGGGACGAUGCCUCUGACCUCCGCGCAGCGCAGGGACCGGGAGGCGACAUGGCGGGCGGCGGCGCCAGGCGGCAUUUCUUCCCGCUCACCAGCCUGCAAAUCGGGGAUUUACAGUCCUAUCUUGCAGAACUUACUAUAUUUCUGUGCCCUGAUACCAAGAAGUUCCUCAUAUUCCUUGACAACCGCCCAUGGCUGCUAGACCAGAACACAAAACCUGCUCACCUGUGGCAAUUGAUGGUUACCAAGUCAAGAUUUUCUCCUUUCGCAAACACUAGAGCUAGGAGAAAAAGAGAUGAAGCUGGAGAGAAACUUAUAUUUUCUGAAGGCCCAAUAUCUGCUCCAGAUUCGUGGAAUCCAUCAUCCAAAUGGUAUACUCUGAUUGAUGAUGCCAUGCGGAAUAAGAAGCUUCAAGUCAACAAAUUGAAGGAUUCUCGCCUGCUGAAUAGGGAACUGCAUCGGACAUUAUAUGGUUUUAUCAUUUUUGAGGUAGACUGGGCUGACGUGCGUGGCAUUAAUUAUUUGAAUGAACUUCAGACUGAUACCUCAAUGGUUGUUGAAGCUAAAAUAAUGAAGAGAUGGGAAUUCGAUAGUGUCAAUCAAGCUUCAUCUCUAAUCUCUUCUUGGUUCUCAGGAAAUUAUUCCGAGUGUCAGAUCUUACAAGAUUAUUUGAACAGCAUCUCUCCUAAAGGUGAUGUAUUUUAUGAUGCCCUGAAUGAAUUCUUAACACCUGAUUGGGACAGCGAGAGUGCACAUAGCGAUGGUGAUCAGUCUGGAGAUGUUCAAUGUGUUAGGGUGUCAUCAAGUUUCACAAGCUCAUCAUACACCCCACCACCUUGCUCUGGGCCUUACAAGAGAAGAAAGAUAAUAAGGUCUGAUUCUGGAAGUAACAUGUCUGAAGAACCAUACUCGGAAUUUGUGACCUCGCCAAGAUAUGCAUCUUCAUCAUGUUGCAGCGAUAAUGACUUUGGCAAGCCCUUGGUUGAGCCUAGCACAUACAACGACGUGUUGAUCUUGUUCCGGUUCAGUGAUGGUGAUCUGCCGUUCAGACUAAAAGAAGUUAUACUGUCUGAUGUGAGGCUGUUAACAUUACUUGAGUAUGGCCUUCCUUCAUGGGUCAUUUUUCUUCAGUCAUAUCCAGUGUUCUGCAAGAUUUAUCGCCCAUGGAUGUGUCCUCUGGCCAGAGCAUUAUAUGUCUUGAUUUCAUUAAUUACCGUUCUUAUAGGAUUUUAUGACCUCUACAAGAAUGUCCCGAUGUUGAAGGCAACUGCCUCAAGAUUAUUUGGUCCUUUGUUUGAUUGGAUAGAGACAUGGGAAAUGAUCUCAAGGCUUAAGUAUCUCGGAACCAUGCUUUUUCUGCACCACUUCGAGCAGGCUUUUACAUGGUCUCUUAAGAUUGUACGUGCUACUAAGUCUGUUCUUAGUGUUUUGACAAAGCCGGUUAUGGGUCCACUUUUGGAGGUUCUUGAAUUUACCCUGCCACUAUGGAACCUUUGUGCUGAAACAGUCGAAUAUCUAAGUUCAGCCAUAAUGAUAGUGAUGGAGACAUCGUGCAGUGCAGUUAUCAGUGCAGUACAGACGAUCAUGUGGCCAUUUUGGUUUAUCUUCAGUACUAUGUUUAAUAUAGCUAAUUCAAUUCUAUACCCCGUAAUUUGGUUCUUUGGAGAGAUACUAGCUGCACCUUUCCGACUUGUUGCUGCGCUAGCAAGUUUUGUAGCGGACUUCUUUGAUGAUAUUGUAGAUGUUAUAAGGCAGACCUGGUCGACAUUAAGUUCAUUGUAUCAAGUUGGAUCUGCAUCCAGAGCCCCUGGGCUUACAUCCGAAACUAGCAUUUGGGGUUCACUCUGGAAAGAUCUUCUGUAUCAGAUUUUCCGAGCAGUCCGAAGCAUUUUGUAUGGUUUUGUUGCCUUCUUUUCAACAUGCAACAGGCAUCGGCUCAGCAUCUAUAAUCACAUAGAAGUACUUCUCCUAUGCCUAUCCCGUGCCUUAACUAGGACCAGCCAUACCACCUCUUGUGAAGGAGCUCGGAAGUAUGCUAGUCAAAGUCAUCCUGUAAGUACUUAUAUAUUUAUACUUUAUCAUUCAGGUUGUAUUCAAUCAACAAUGUUUCUUAAUUUAGGAAACAAGAUAACUCCCUAGAGAAAGUUCAGCCCACAUAACUAGCAUUAUUCAUUCUAUUAUGAUACUCCUCGACAUUUGAAUACAAAGUGUAACAUAGUUUAUUCCAAAACAGCCAAUUUUCACUGGACUUCCUUUUUCCUGAAAAGGGGGAUGAACAACUGGCCACCCUUGACUAUCUUGUACUGUUGUUUAAUGGUAGCUAUAUAAGCAAGUUAAUCGUUUUAACUGUCUCUUCUCACAACAUAUACUUAAAUCAUUCUAUUCUUGUUUGUUUUGACAGCUCUAUUCCUUAUUAAAACUAACAAGCCAACAUAUAUUCACAUUGAAAUUACUCUCCUAUACUAAAUUCUCGUCUUUUUUGUUGUGCAGCAAAGGAAAACCAAGGAAAACUGCGGCGAGAUGACUGUGGAUCUAACAAAUUAACAUGUCAAGUAAGUAGCUAAUUCAGAGGCCUUAAGAGGCUGAGACGAGAUAACGGUGGAAACUCCAACUCUGAAUGGACCUCCACAAGGAACUUAGAAGGGUCAUAGUACAGGACCCAUCAUAGAUCACCGUUCCGUAUUGCCAGGGCAACUGGUGAAGCAAAAAUACUGCAACUGUACAUCCGCGAAAUCUGUUGUUGUUUGUGCAGUAUAAUGUGAUGUAAUCUAAUAGGUUGCUGUAUACUAGUAGGCAUGUGCAUACCCUCCGGCUGAACAAGAAUUUUGAAAGUAUAUAAGUAUUUCCUUUGUUCCGUAA